GAGCAGUUUGCACUUGCUAAAGCCAUGUUUUGGGGCUUCCUGUGAGUUCCUCUGAGUUCCCAGAUGCUUGUAAGUGGCAGUCUAAAGAAAUCUGCAAGCAAGCCUCAGCGUCCCCCAUGCCUGAAGAGCUGCCCCCUGCAGUCUCUUCAAACUUCUGGUCUGCUCUGAGCUGCCCUUCACCCCGCCCCACGUUACAGUAGCUGCAGUUCUGUGGCCAGCAAACCAGAGCAGAGGAGACUAAAGUGGGGCUGCAAAGUUGAAGCCAAACCAGGAAAAAUGAUCGUGGCAAACUGGUUGUGCAGUUCCCAGGAGGAAUCAGCUGAUCUCUGGGACUGGAACAGAACGUGGUACACGGCUACCCCGAGCUUUACCCCGUGCUUUCAGAAUACCGUGCUGCUGUGGAUUCCGUGUGCCUACCUCUGGGUCUCGUUUCCCUUCUAUUACCUUUAUCUGCAGAGAAACCAUAGAGGUUAUAUCAGAAUGUCAGCUCUCUUCAAAUCCAAAAUGGUUCUUGGCUUCACCCUGGUGAUGUUGUAUUUCGCAAGCACCUUCUUCAUUCUCCAGCAAGUGAUCCAAGGGGUCCCACAGGCACCAGGAUCAGUCAUCAGCCCUGCUUUGCAGAUGUUUACAACGACCCUUGUGCUAUUUCUCAUCCAGACAGAACGAUUAAAAGGUGUCCAGUCUUCGGGUGUGUUACUGGUUUAUUGGUUGCUGUAUUUCUUCUCUGCUACUAUCUCCUUUAGCUCUAGAAUUCAACAUGCCCUGGAAGGUGGCUUCAAAAAUGACCCCUUCCAUCACCUUGCCGCGUGUAUUUCCUUCACCUUGAUCUCCUUGGAGUUGGUGCUCUGCUGUUUCACGGAUCCGCCUCCCUUCUUUUCCCAAGCUGCUGCUGAUAACCCAUGUCCAGAAGCCAGGGCCUCGUUUGCUUCUCGUAUCACUUUCUGGUGGUUCCUCAGGCUAAUCUGGAAGGGAUACUGGCGGCCAUUGCAAGCAGAAGACCUGUGGUCCUUAGCAAGAGACAAGACCUCAGACGAGAUUGUGACUCAGAUGGAAAAGGCAUGGAGAAAGACAGCCAAGCAGCCUGCAGAAUCAGUGCAGUUUAGAAGCGAGCAAACGAGGGAAGAGUCAGAAGAGACCUCUGUCCUGCUUCGGACAGAGCCUUGUCCAAGCAAGCCCCUGCUGAAAGCCUUCUGGAGUGUGUUCGGAGGGUCCUUUCUCCUGGGGACCCUCAGCCUGGUCAUUGGUGACAUCUUCUUGUUUUUGAUCCCAAAGACACUGAGCCUUUUCCUAAACUUCAUUGUGGAUCACGAAGCUCCUUCUUGGAAUGGUUAUUUCUACGCCGUGCUGCUAUUCCUGUUAGCUUGUCUCCAAACGCUCUUUGAGCAACGCUACAUGUACGUGUGUCUUGUUUUGGGAGUGAAGUUAAAGACGGCUAUCACAGGCCUUGUUUAUCGCAAGAUCUUAGUCCUGUCGGCUGCAGCCAAGAGCACCACAACUGCUGGGGUAAUUGUCAACUUGGUGUCUGUCGAUGUGCAAAAGCUAACAGACCUCAUCGUCUAUUUUAAUGGGACCUGGCUGGCUCCUGUACGGAUUAUCAUCUGUUUUGUCUUCCUUUGCCAGCUCCUUGGACCAUCUGCUUUGACUUCUGUUGCCGUGUUCCUGUUUCUCUUGCCUUUGAACUUUGCCAUCACCAAGAAAAGAAGCCACUUCCAGGAAGUCCAAAUGCAACAUAAGGAUAAUCGAGCCAAGCUGAUCAGCUCUAUGCUCAGCAACAUCAAAAUCCUCAAGUUGCAUGGCUGGGAAAAGCACUUCAUGGGCCAAACGUUGGACGUCCGAGCACAGGAACUCCAGGCACUGAAGACCUCCCAGUUUCUCUUCUCAGCAUCUCUGGCUUCUUUCCACUCCUCAACAUUUCUGAUUGCUUUCGUCAUGUUCGCUGUCUACACCUUGGCGGAUGAGCGCAACGUCUUGAGUGCCCAGAAGGCCUUCGUCUCUCUGGCCCUGGUCAACAUCCUCAACACUGCUCAUUCCUUCCUUCCUUUUUCCAUUAAUGCCGUCAUGCAAGCCAAGGUUUCCCUGAAACGUUUAGCCACUUUCCUCUGUCUCGAAGAGCUGGAACAACCGGCAGUGGACUGCAAUUCUUUAGAGUGCAUACAAGACCGUGUUGUUGUAAGGAACGGAACUUUCAGCUGGGCCAGAGAAUACCCUCCGUGCCUUAAAAAGAUUAAUCUUACUGUACCCCCGGGUAGCCUAUGUGCUGUGGUUGGCCAGGUUGGAGCGGGCAAAUCCUCCUUACUCUCAGCGUUACUUGGUGAGAUGAAGAGAACAGAAGGUUGUGUUGCCCUGAAGGGUACGGUGGCUUUCGUUCCCCAGGAGCCCUGGAUUCAAAAUGCUUCUGUGGAAGACAAUGUAGUUUUUGGACAAGGGAUAGACAGGGAAUGGUACGAGAGAGGAAUCACAGCCUGUGCCCUGCAGCCAGACCUGCGUGGCUUUCCUGCCGGAAGUCAAGCUCAAAUAGGAGAGAAGGGCAUAAAUAUUUCUGGAGGACAGAAGCAGAGACUCAGCCUGGCCCGUGCCGUUUACAGGAAAGCUGAAAUUUACCUCCUAGAUGACCCGCUGUCUGCAGUGGAUGCUCAGGUUGGCCAGCAUAUCUUUGAGCAGGUCAUUGGGCCCAACGGCUUGCUGAAGGACAAGACUCGACUUCUGGUGACUAACGCAGUCCACCUUUUGUCCCAAGUGGAUAACAUAAUUGUGAUGGCCAAUGGACAGAUCUCCGAAACCGGCUCCUGCCAGGAACUUGUGCAGAGAGAUGGGACUUUUGCAGAAUUCCUGGAGUCUCUCAAUACCAAAAAGAAAGAGGACCAGGCUUUGCCAGGUGAAGGAAAUGGUUAUGAGAUGAUUCCAUCAGGGCUUGUAACCCAUCAAGGAAAGCUUGGAGGGCUUGAGAGAGGUGGACACAAAUUAACAGAGGAGGAAAUGACCGAACCAGUAACAGGAGAGAGAGAAUUAACUGGCAGGGUCAAGGCUUCAGUCUACCUGAGCUACCUGCGAGCGGGAGGAUCUCUCUUCUGGGCCUACAUCAUGCUUCUCUUCAUUUGCCAGCAAGCAGCCUCAUUUUGCCGUGGUUACUGGCUGAGCCUCUGGGCUAGCGACCCUGUUUGCAAUGGAACACAGCAGCACACAGAGAUCCGCGUAGGAGUCUUCUUUUUCCUCGGGGUUGCUCAAGCCAUCUGCAAGUUUGGGUCGACAGCCACUGUGUUCCUGGCUGGAGCAAUGGCAUCCCGCCAGCUCUUUUCACACCUUCUUCAGGACAUCAUCCAAUCUCCCAUGAUGUUCUUCGAACAAACACCCUCUGGUCACCUGCUUAACCGCUUCUCCAAAGAAAUGGAUGCCAUUGAUUCUAUCAUCCCAGACAAGCUGAAAUCCUUGCUGGGAUUUAUGUUCCAUCUGCUGGAGAUUUACCUUGCAAUCAUAGUAGCCACGCCAAUAGCUGUGGUGGCUGUUGUGCCCCUGACCGCCUUGUAUGCUGUGCUCCAGAGCUUCUUCGUCACCACCUCCUGCCAGCUAAAACGCCUGGAAGCCCUCAGCCGUUCCCUAGUCUAUUCCCACAUUGUGGAGACCUUUCAAGGAAGCAGCAGCAUCCGUGCCUACAAAGACCAGCGGCGGUUCAUUUUGCAGAACGACUUCAGGGUGGAUGAAAACCAGAGGGCCUCUUUUCCUGCUGUGGUGGCUGACAGGUGGCUGGCCACAAACUUGGAGCUCCUAGGCAACAUUCUUGUCCUUUUCGCCGCUUUACUUGCUGUGAAUAGCAAGCCACACCUCAGCCCAGGAAUGGUUGGCUUUUCCGUUUCUUGCGCUCUUCAGGUGACAGGUAUUUUGAAUUGGAUGGUACGUUCCUUGACAGACAUGGAGAACAACAUUAUGUCCGUAGAGAGAGUGAGAGACUACUCAGAGACACCCAAAGAAGCUCCUUGGACUUUGAGUAGUAACUUUCUGAAUGAAAACUGGCCCACUGAAGGAAUGAUUGAGUUUAAAGAGUACAGUUUACGCUGCAGACCAGACUUGGAGUUGUCUCUGAAGAAUAUUAACAUCAAGAUCAAUGGACAAGAAAAAAUUGGCAUAUCUGGACGAACAGGGGCUGGGAAAUCCUCUCUAGCAAUGGGCCUUCUCCGACUAGUGGAAGCAGCCAAGGGAGAAAUCUCUAUCGACGGAGUCAACAUUGCCCAGUUAGGUCUGCAUGACCUGAGAAGCAAGAUAAACAUUAUCCCUCAGGACCCAGUCUUAUUUCCAGGUUCUCUCAGAAGGAAUCUUGAUCCGCUGGAUGAGUACUCCGAUGAGGAGAUCUGGUUGGCUCUGGAAAGGGUUCUGCUCAAAAACUUUAUUUUGGAUCUGCCGGACCAUUUGGCUUACGAGUGCUCUGAAGAGGGAGGAAAUCUGAGUGUUGGUCAGAGGCAACUCAUCUGCCUGGCACGAGCAUUGCUUCGGAAAGCCCGAAUCCUGGUUCUUGACGAAGCCACUGCAGCAGUGGACCCCAAAACGGACCUACAGAUUCAGUCCACCAUAAAGACUCAAUUCAGCGACUGCACCGUCCUGACCAUAGCUCACCGCGUUAAGACCAUAAUGGACUGCGAUAGGAUUCUAGUGAUGGAGAAUGGUCGGGUGGCAGAAUUUGAUACUCCAGAGAUGUUAAUAGCCCAGAAAGGACUUUUCUACAGAAUGGCUGAAGAAUCAGGACUAGUAUGACCGAGCUGCAGGAAUGUUCAAUACUGUGGGGCCUGCUGUUUAUCUUAGUCAAAUGCUUCUCCUUGCAGCAUCCCAGCCAGAUAGGUAACUGUUGUUCUUUCCAUAGAACUGAAGGGCAGCUGAGGCUGAAAGAGUGACUUGCCCAGAGCCCAAGGUACAUCUGUGGAUGCUCAGCCCAGAUUCUCACAGCUCAAGCCCGCUGUGCAGCUAUCUGGACUGCACUGGGUAUUCCAGCAGGCAAAAAGGAAGACCUGUGCUGUUAGCUGUGGUGCCCAGUGCAGGCCAGUGGCAUACAAUCAUAAGAACAAAAGGAGAAGUCUGUUGAAUCCAGGUUUGGGUGUAGUGAUCUGUCAUUCACAGCUCUUUUCUCCCCACCCUGUCCCAGUCAUAAGCUACCUUUGCUCCUGCGCUUCAGUUUAGUCCCAGAUGGGCGGAAAUCGGCCCACUGUGGAGCGCAGGAGAGUACUGCUUGGAAGCGUGCCCCAGAAGGCGCAUCCCCCCACCUUUUCCUCCUGCCAGGACUGAUAUCCCUAAGUGUGUCUCUUUUUUCUACCUCCAACUGCAGAUCCACUGGAUAAAGCAGAGUGUCUCUCUCACAGGCCUUUUGGCAUUCUUAGUCCAAAAGGAGGUCUAAAAGGAGAGAAGUGGUGGUGGUAGAGAGUGCCCUAAAGCCAUAGCUUACUUGUGGCGUCCCCUGGUGGGGUUUUCUUGGCAAGAGACUAUCAGAGGUGGUUUGCCAUUGCCUGCCUCUGCAACCCUGGUCUUCUUUGGAGGUCUCCCAUCCAAUUACUAACCAAGGCCGACCCUGCUUAGCUUCUGAGAUCUGAUGAGAUCAGGCUUACCCGGGCUGUCCAGGCCAGGGCAAAAGGAGAAGUAGUCCUGCGUAUUGUGGGGGGUUGGCUGCUUCCAGGCUUCACAGGGCAAUGCCUGAAGUUUGCCCUCUGUGUCCUCCUCAGCCUAAGUACUUCUCUCUUUGGGAAAUGGGAGAUGGAGCCAGAAGGUGCAGUUGAGGGUUGCUUCUUUGUCAGGCCGGUGCCCAAAUACACUAACUGCUGCCACUGGACCUGGCUGGAUCAGACCAAGGAGCCAUCUGCUCCUGCAUUCUGUUUCCCAGUAUUCAGUGGUACACUGCUCAUGAACAUGGAGGUUCUAUUUAGCCACCAAGUCUUUAUAGACCUUUUUUGCCAUGAAUUUGUCUAAUCCCAUUUUCAAGUCAGUUCUCACUACAUUUUUAGAGGUGAAUUCCAUAAAUUGUGUUUUAUAAACAUGUUACCUUCUGUACAUUUUUUUUUGCCUGUCCUGAAUAAUCUUGUCCUUUGAAGACUGGCCCCACAAGACUCUGUUGCAGCCUCAAUUUUGUUAAAUGUUAUGCAACUUCAUAGUUUUAAUGUAAAAAAAAUUCAAAACAUGUUCAGAAAUGUUGCACUUGACUGCCAAUGUUUCUUUGAUUCUAACAAAGGAGUGAAGAUAACGGACAAGUUCAGAUAAUUAAAAUGCAUCGCCUGUAUACAGCCAUUUUGAAUGCAAGAGCUGCGGGUCAGUGAUAGAGCAUCCGCUUGGCAUGCAGAAGUCCCAGGUUCAAUCCUUGGCAACUCAGGUUAAAAAGAUCGAGUGGUAGAUGUAAAAGAACUGACCUACGACUCAGGAGAGCGCCGCCAGUCUGAGCAGACAACACUGACCUCAAUCAACUAAAUUCACUGAGUUGGUAGACAGCAGUUUCAUGUGUAUUUCAUUAGGAGGGAGCCUGUGUCUGCUUUGCACAGAGAAGGCCCCAGGUUCAGUCCCCCCUAUCUCCAUGAUCAAGUAGUGACAGAGGUGAAAGACCUCUACCUGGGACCCUGAAGAGUUGCUGCCAGUCCCAGAAGACUAGUGUGACCUUGAUAGGCCAAGGGUGUGCCUCCAGUAUAAAGCAGCCACGUGUGAGUGUUCAAGGCAUUUCACAAACAUUCUCUACUUGCAAUCUUUGCAACAACCCUGUAAAGAAGGUCAGUACAGUAUUGUCCAUACUGUACUGUACUGUACUGUACUGUACUGUACUGUACAGUACAGUACAGGGGAUACAGAGCGAGAAAGAGCAUUGACUUGUCUAAGGCUGGUGCUUGGUGAUUUCCUGGCAGAGGUAAAAUUUUAACCAGGGACAUAUAGCUUAAUCUCUUAGCCACUAUGCUGCCUUGUUUAGUGUAACUCCAUUGCUCUUAGGAUUCAAAGAAAUCAAAAUAAAAUGACCCCAGUGAACCAAGUUAGCAUCACGCAAUACAGUGCAGGAUGGCUGGUUGUUACACUGUUUGUUGGCUGCAGGCAGCCCUAAAAAAAGAAUGGAAUU